AUGCUCCUAAUUGGUGGAGCCAUAAGUUAUGGUACCAUCAGUCGUAAUAAUGGAAGUUCUUGCGGAGAUCAUGUUAGUUAUCCAAGUUUUUUUGGCAGAGGAGCUGGUGGUGUUUAUGACGAACGUACUGGUGCUGAAAGUGGUGGAGGAGCUGGCAGAGCUGAGGGUGGUGGUUCCGGUGCUGAAGGUGAUCAACAUGGUGGAGGGGAAGCUGGAGGAGUUUUCGGUGAUGGUUAUGGCACUGGAAAUGGUGGAGGAUCUGGUGGUGGUUCUGGCUAUGGUGCCGGAGGUGAACACAUCAGUGGUGCUGGAACUCAUGGUGGUGGUUAUGGUCUUGGAUUAGGGAGGUCCUGUUGUCUAUAA